AAAAUUUGUAAUAUUGAUCAUCAACAAUCAAAUCAACAAAAUGAGUUUUGAACGAUUGAACCCCGAGUCUAGUUUUGGAAAGUCUUUUAAAGAGUGGUUUGAAUACAAGAAUAAAGAGGAAUGGUUAAAAGAUAUGAAAACUAGCAUAAUUUUAGCAGCUUCCAUAAUAGCAACCAUGACAUUUUCACUCGCCACUAAUCCACCCGGCGGCGUCCUCCAAGCUAGUUAUGAUGAUGUAAACCGAGGUUGUUUGACAUCGAAUGUCACCGGAUUUACUUUAUGUGUCGGAGAUGCUAUCUUGGGUUAUUUACAACGUGAUCAAUAUGUUAGAUUUUUGGUAUGUGAUACAGUUUGUUUCAUUGCAGCAAUUACUGUUAUUUUCUUGCUUGUUAGUGGAAUUCCGAUGGACAAUACAUUUACAAUAUGGCUUUUAUCAACAUGCAUGUGUGUUACACUCACAUUCCUAGUUCUUACCUUCAUAUUUGCUGCAUAUAUGGUAACACCAAAUUCCAUUUGGACACAUUAUCAUAGAAAUCCUUUUUGUAUUGGUCUUAUUAUUUGGAUUUCCAUUGUUGUAAUUGUUCUUAGUCUUCUCAUUGUUCGCUUAUUUGUUAGGGGCAAGCACAAUAUUCGUAGCAAUUAAAAUUUGUAGUCCUUGUGGUUUUCUUAUCAAUUAUGUAUUCGUCAAAAUAAGUAUUAAUUAAGUAUCAAUUACAUGUAAUUCUAUUCUUUGUAAUUUGAUUUUUUUCAUUAAGUUGAAGUACUCUUUGUAAUUUGUUGUUCUAUUAUGGCUUGUUUGGUGGAAUAAUUUAAAGGCAGAUUCUUC